AUGGCAGCGUCGCCGACAUUUCAGACGCCAACCACGGUAUUGAAUUUUGAAGAUAUUGGAAGUUCCCUUCUGAACCGAACUUUAGUGACUAUUACAUGCUCUUUGUCGCUUCUCGGAGCCUUGUUAAUCAUCGUGACGUAUAUUGCCUGGAAGGACGUGAGGUCGUGUUCGAGACAAAUCCUGGUGUACAUCUCCAUCGCUGACAGUGUUGUAGCUGCAAGUUACAUGAUCGGAGUACUGCUACCAGACAACGCAAACUCCACCGCCUGUGUCACUCAGAGUUUUUUCUCCACCGCUGCGAAUCUAUGUUCCUUCUUUUGGACUCUCUUCUUGUCCAUAUAUUUGUACGCAGCAGUAGCGAGACUAACUCCUGCAAAGAAUUUUCUUUGGUUUUUCCACAUAAUUGGUUGGGGUUUGCCACUGUUUAUUGUAGUUCUAGCUUGGGAGAAGGGCGCCCUUGGAAAUGACCGAGAUAUCUACAGCUCUGGUUGGUGUUGGAUCCGAGUACAGGAAGAUAGCAACGAUGAUGUGAUAUGGAUGUUGGUAACAGGAAAAUUUUGGGAGAUAGCUGUAUUCAUACUUAUUUUGAUUUUCUAUGGCUUGCUGAAGUGUCAUCUCCGCACAGAGGUAAACAACAAACUUAUUAACCGUAUCUGUGUCAAUCGUAAUCAAAGCAUGCAUCAAUACAAUCGCGAUGAUUGUUAUGAUACUGAGUAUAUCUCUCCAAGAUCAGCUGAUCGUCUACAUCACAGUUGUACAGUAAACCAUUUCACUCCCGAAGUAUCAAUAUCAAUUUGCCUACCUGUUUGCCUGUAGCGGUAGAAUUUGGUCUUGAAUCAGGCAAUACUUCCCAAUACCUUUCUUCAUAAACCUUGAAAUCUCGGAAGUGAUUAAUAUAUAUAACUUCUCCCUGCAGGUAUUAUUAUAAACAAAACUAAAACUUUGAACGUGUAUUAACUAAAUAGAAAUAUUACUGCGGGAAUCUUUCGAAAAGUGUAGAAGAGCUUGCGUGAUCUUUUGUCUUAUUUAUUAAUAUCUAUCUGCAUAUAAUAAUACCUGUAAUUUGUUACAAAUGGCGAAUAAACCUGUACUAAGAUUACAAUAUCUAGGAAACAGGUUAGGAGAAUACUCAAACUUAACAGGUAGAAGUUGUCUUGACUCAGCACCGAAUUCUCGUAACUAAUUUGCAAGGACGUAUGUGGCAGCUAGUGGGGAGAGUUAACAAUCAGAUCUUGGUAGUUAAAGGGUGGUGUUUAUGUAAGUCGAGGUUUUUCUUGGUCAGUGUUUUGAGCUGAAGGGUUGCCGUGAACUGAAAGUAAAGUAUGAUGGCCCUAAAUGACAACAGAUAUUAGGUUAGAUUUUUUUCGGUUAAUAAUAAUAAUUCGGUAUGUUUGGCUGUAGCAAAUUGAUAGCAGCUCUUGUCUUUCUUCGUCAUCAACUGAUAUUGCACCAUACGCUAUUCCAUUCGCUGUGCAGGUGCGUGACAAGUACGCAAUGAGUACGUGAUCAGUAGGUGACGUGACUUCGUCACACCAUCUAUUGCUAGAUGUGUCCUUUCUUUUGGUGAAAAUAAUCGUAGUAGUGAAAAUAACAACUUCACGUUAGUCAUUUGUUUAGCGCACCUAGCAUACAUUAAACACGUUUUUUAUGCUUAUUUUACCAGGUGAAAAUGGUUCCAUGCCGCGUCAAGGAAGAAGCGAGAAAGGCUGAUAAACAGUUAACACUUGUUCCUAUAAUUUUUCUAUUUUUACGAUCCUGGAGCAUGAUUCGCUUCUGUAUUUACCUGGUUUCAUCUGCACAGCAAUCGCAAUCAUUACUUGAUGCUCAGGAAAUUUUGAUUUAUUUACAGGUAAGUGUGUUGUAUUUCUGUUUGUGCGUUGAUAUGAGUGGAAGGAGUAUUAGCCUGCAGGUAGGCUUCAUUAAAAGCGCUGCAGGACGCGCGUUUCUCCGCCCGCGGGAAGAUAUGAGACGAAUCGGAGAGAGGUUUGCCGGGGGUGUAGCACUAAUAAGUGUUAGACCCCCCUGCGGACCUCUGGCCUGCUUGUGUUGCCUAUCUCAUUGGAGAGAUUUGGUACCUCGUUUACGUGAAACGUGAACGGCAAGAGUGACCACGUGACCACAAUGUUCCCGUUUUUUUUUAAGUUUGCCGUAUGCACUGUGCCGUUUCUUCGUGAAAGUAAGCUGCUUCGCGUUUGCUGUGUACAUAAGAUUUUCCUCCAAUUUUCUCUCACAGAGUAGAAGUUUGUUUCCGAAAAAAAUUCUCCAAAACUAUUUCUUAUAAGUCAUACAAUGGCAGAUGAAGUUUCAGGUUUAAAAUUAUUCGGAUGCCGCAUUUUUUGUCAGCAGACAGCUGUGAGAACUCACUUUGACUCAUGAGACAGCUUCGUCGAAACUCUAUGUGAAGUGAGCUCACGCGUAGCUAAAGCGGCUAGGUUCGCGUUGUUUUACGUGAAGCGUGAAAAGACAAGCUACUCGCAGGCUAAAAGAGUCUUAGGCGUUGGAAAUAAACCCUCGUAUUUACAUCACAGUAUAAUGGGCAGAAGACCAUGGUUGCCAGCCAAUCAAAAUUCUGGAAUUGCGCCAUACAAUGAUUUAUUGACUGAGAAAUCAUAAAUUGGAAUCAAAUGAUUAAAUUGGCCAACUUACUCUCUGAUACUUAUCGGUCCUUGGUGACUCAUUGCCCGAAAGCCUCAAAACCGUAGUUAUCAUUCCAAUAAAUCUUCCACUUUCCCACUCAGAAAAAUCCGUUCUCAGUAAGGGCUUAAAUUUUGCUCGCAUUUCCGAAAAACCGACGAAUUUUCAGAUAGCAAGACGUUUAAAAUGCUUUUGCGGCGUUCAAUUAAAAGCCUUUUUUCACGACAAAGAGGAUGAUUCUAACACCUCAAACAAAAAUACUUCGAAACACUUCAGAUUCAAAAGUCUAAAUGGAGUCCUUCGGAGCCAUCUUUAGAUUUUGUCAUCAACAAAUAACGUCACGGUAUCAACAAACUUAAAUUCAAUCAUAACACCAAAAUUUCCAACCUUUCAUGGGAAGAAUGAACGGCACUAAAAAGUACAAAAAAACGCAAACACUUUGUUAUUAAAGCGGCCGACAAAGGCGACACAGUUGUUGUUUGGCAGGCCGACCUCUGCCAAAAAAAACACGAUUAACGAUCUUAUGACUAAAUAAGAAUUGCCGGCCACUGCAAAAAAUCACCAUCACCUCUCCUAGAACUUCGUUUAUUUACUUUUUACCCAAAGUCCACAAACCUAACAACCCAGAUCGACCCAUCGUCUCUGUCUGCAGUUGUCCCAACCGGACUUGUUUCCAGCUAUUUAGACAAAAUCAUGGCUCCUAUCGUCAAAACUUUACCAUCAUACAUUUAAGACAGCCAACACGCACUUGAACAUUUUUGCGACUUUAAUUUCCUUGGCCAAGACAAACUUUUUUUCACCAUGGAUAUUACAUCUCGUCAUACAAUCAUUCCAAAUGGCGAAGGUCUCCUAAGCCUCAAACAUUUUUUUGAUCAACGUACUGUUAAGGAACCUAGCUUGGAAACACUACUCCGCCUAACCGAACUAGUGCUAACACUCAAUUACUUUUCAUUCGGUGGCAAGUAUUACAAACAAACUAAUGGUGUAGUAAUGGGUACCAAAAUGGGACCCGGCUACGCCAUUCCUUACAGUCAAUACAACGGCCCCAAACCUGAAUUCAAUGGUCGAUACAUUGACAACUGUAUCGGCGCUACCUCCUCUUACCAACUCAAUUAAUAAAACCAGAUUACUUUGUUAAUCUGUAGUAGCUAAAUCCAUGUCAUCCUUCUGAAGUUUCGCUUGAAAUGACGAUUAUUAAACAUCAUCAUAAUUUGAUUUCAGGGUGUAUGCAACAGUGCUCAAGGCUUCGUCAACUUCCUUUUGUUUUGGUUAUUUACCACGAAAUUCCAGAAAAAUUUGCGAAGAGUAGCACACAAAUACUGCCCGUGUCUGCGAGACAAAUAUACAUUCAUUCCCGGAGAGUGUAUAAACGUGGAAUACUCAAAUAACAGCCGUUAUCCACAGUAUUCAGACACGGGAGAAACCUCUGCGAUAUUUAAGACAUCAGAUUUCUACGGUCCAAAAUAUUCCUAUUACACUGUAAGUUUGUUAACGUCGAAUACAUCUAAAUUAACACGGUAGGAGCCUGGGUAGGGACGGAGGGUUUGUCUCGAUGACCUCAUGCGGUGAUGGCAUGAAAUUCUCAAAGGAUAUCGCAACACAUUUUCUAACUAAUUUUCACAUAAAAGGCGUUUUACACUGAAUAAGUUCAUAUGCUAUGUAAGCUAGGUUCGAAUUAGGAUAGAGCUGGAUGUGAUUUAGAUCGUGAUCACAAGCUGUUAUUCUUAGCAUGCUGCUUCGUUUCCAAGCUCAGUUAUUUUUUUACUGUAUUAUUUCCUACGAUGAAAAGCGAGAAAUGGGGAGUGCGGUACUUGAUGGAAUCUAACCAUGCUCCAAAUGAGAUAGGCUAAUCAUUAUCUGAACGAGUGGUACGGGUGACUGGAAAGAAAAGGGCGGGAAGACGGAGAACGGGAUAGGCGACAUUCUCAUUCCCAGACUCCCCUCCCCCAUUCACGAGGAGCAAUCCUUUUUUUUUUAGCAAGUAAAGACACUCAUUUCAUGUGUAUAUAGGUUGUGAUAUAAUGAAAACAGUCAAUAUUAUAUUCUGAGAAUAUGUUAAAGCGACUGGUCAUCAGCCGAAACGUCGUCUUGUCGCUAACUGUUUUGCGAAGAAUGGAUCAAAAUUGACUGAAUAGAUUACACCAUAACUCAAUCAGAUUUUGAAACCAUUUUGUAACUAAGUGACAAGAAAGUGACGUUUUUAGGUGAUGUAAUUUUCAUGUCCAUUUUAUGUUGUACUUACAAAGAGACACAUGUAUUAGUAAUUUGUCAUAAAAAGGUGAAAUCGUUAAGCGUUAAGUGCCAAUGCACGGGGUAUAUUUGUGUUAAAUGACAGAAAAUUGUAUAUAAAGAUGGAAUCAAAUAAAGUGAGCUCA